GCGGGGCCCCAAGCGGGCGCCUCCUCCCGGCCCGGCACGGCCCCCCUCCCGGCGCAGGGGCAGGCCGGGGCGGGGGGCCCCGGAGCCGGCGUGGCCUGGGCCCCGUCGGGGAGGCCGGGGGUCGGCCAGGGCGGGGAAAUGCCGGGCGGCGGCGGCCCCGGCCGGGGCCGGUGACCAUGGGCAUCGCCGAGUCCACGCCGGACGAGCUGCCGUCGGACGCGGAGGAGCAGCUGCGCAGCGGCGAGCAGCAGCUGGAGCUGAGCGGGAGGCGGCUGCGGCGGCUGCCCAGCGCCGUGUGCGCGCUGAGCCGCCUGCAGAAGCUGUACGUGAGCGGCACGGGGCUGCGCGAGCUGCCCGAGGAGAUCGAGGAGCUGCGCGAGCUGCGCAUCCUGGCGCUCGACUUCAACAAGCUCGAGCGCCUGCCCGACGGCCUGUGUCGCCUGCCGAGCCUCACGCGCCUCUACCUGGGCGGUAACAGGCUGCUGGCGCUGCCCGCCGACUUCGCGCAGCUGCAGAGCCUGCGCUGUCUCUGGAUCGAAGGCAACUUCCUGCGGCGUUUCCCGCGGCCGCUGCUGCGCCUGGUGGCGCUGCAGUCGCUGCAGAUGGGCGACAACCGGCUGCGCGCGCUGCCCGCCGAGCUGCCGCGCAUGACCGGCUUGCGCGGCCUCUGGCUCUACGGCAACCGCUUCGAGGAGUUCCCGCCCGCGCUGCUGCGCAUGGGCCGCCUGCACAUCCUCGACCUGGACCGCAACCGCCUGGGCGGCUUCCCGGACCUGCACCCGCUGCGCGCCCUGCGCGUCUUCUCCUACGACCACAACCCGGUCACCGGGCCCCCGCGCGUCGCUGACACCGUCUUCCUCGUGGGCGAGGGCGCCGUCGAGCGCAUGGCCGAGCGUGACGAGCCCACGCCCCGGCCGCCACCCCGGCGCCCAGCGCGGGCCUUCGAGGAUGAGGAGGAAGAAGACUUGCUUAUAGGGGGUGGGGACUCCCGGCCUCUGGGGCCCCCCAGGGGCAGCCUCCGCGCCCUGGAAGCCGCUCCAGGACUGGGCACCUGAGCCUAUGCUCUGGGUGAUGGACUUCGGCCACUGUGGGAGGAUGGGCUCUGGGAAGGUCUGUGGGACCGGUGGGCCCCUACUUGGGGCAGAGGAGGGACCACUUUGGGCCAGCUGUCGGGGACAGGUAGGCCUGGGGGCCAUCUUCUUGGGUAGUAAGAAGACUGCCUCGUGGCCAAUCUCUGGACAGUCCCUCCGAGCAAGAAGUCCUGGCCCUGUCCAGUCUCUGAUAGAGUCAUGGACAGUACAACAGAGGUGCCAGCUUCCUCCCGGAACCAGGGUCACCGCUGUCCACGAAUCACCACCUCGGCUGAGUCUGGAGGCCCCGGGCGCCCACCAACCUCCCUCCUGGAGUUUGGGUCUCCUAGACCCACACUUUCUGGUGCAGGAGCCACUGCCUCCGGGGGGACCGAAUGUCUGCGGGAGGCAGAACUGCCCUUGGAGGAGGGCCCGGCCCAGGGGCAGGGGCUUGGAGUCCGGGCCCGUCCCCAGGACAGAAAUGGUAAACUGAGGCUGGGGUCCUAACACCACAGCUGCCCUUGCCCCUCCGCCAGGGCUUACCGUACAUACCUCCCUCUCUAGGGCCCCUAAAAUUUGUACGGGGAAGCGAGGGCUUAGAAGGCAAGGUCUCCACUACUGCCUUUUAUUCUGUUCUCUUCUCCCAGCCUGUGCCUGGAAACUUGCUGGGAGAAGAGAACUCCCUCCCUUCCCUACAGCCUGAGCCUUCCAGCUGUCAAGUUUGAAAAGAAGCCACUGUGCCUCUAGGGCCUCCUGCACCCAAGAGAGAGGCUCUCUGCUCUGAGAGGCUGCUCCAGCACCUCUCCCACUGCCUGCACUCUGCAUUCCCUUAAAUGGGCACCGUCAGGGUGGCUGGCACGGCGUGGGGCAUGGGACGAGCAUUGUGUGCCUCUACUCCGUCACCAGGGACAGCCCCAAGGGGGUGAUGAGUGGGGCCUCGCUUUGCAAUUCCCAGCGCCAGAUCUUUCCCAUCUAAGCAAUAAUGGGAGGAGGGGGCCAGAGCCGGGGACACUCAGGGACACUGUCAGGGGCAGGGGCCCCACUUGGUAAUGUUUUCUUUAGGAAGAAAAAAAAAACUGGCUGUAAACAUAAAUUAUAUUUCUUGGAGAAAGAA